AUGUCUUUCGGCAAGCUUUACUCCUACUCGGGCAACCCGCGUACCACUUCGCUGCUCGCCGUUGCGAAGGAGAAUGGUCUUGACCUCGAGUUUGUCGAGACUGUGCCCGCCAAUGGUGUCUCCACCGAAUACUUGAAGCUCAACAAGCUCGGCAAGGUUCCCACCUUCGAGGGCGCUGACGGCUUCGUCCUCAGCGAGACCAUCGCCAUCGCCGUUUACCUCACCUCCCAGAACGAGAAGACCGCCCUUCUUGGCAAGACCAAGCAGGACUACGCUUCGAUCCUGCGAUGGAUGUCAUACGCCAACACUGAGAUCCUCACUCCUCUCGGUGGCUGGUUCCGCCCGCUCGUCGGCCGUGACCCCUACAACAAGAAGAACAUUGAGGACUCCAAGGCUGCCGCUACCAAGGCCGUCCACGUCCUUGAAGAGUACCUCCUUACCCACACCUACCUCGUCGGCGAGCGCCUCACCCUCGCUGAUUUCUUCACUGCCUCCAUCCUCGCCCGCGGCUUCCAGUACUUCUACGACAAGGCCUGGCGUGCGGAGAACCCCAACGUCACCCGUUGGUACGAGACCGUUUACAACGUCCCUAGCUACUCUGCAGUAGCAGGCAAGCUCGAGUUCAUCGAGGAGGCGAUCAAGAACGUCCCCCCGAAGAAGGAGGAGAAGCCGAAGAAGGAGCAGCCCAAGGCUGCUGCUAAACCCAAGGAGACCCCAGCUGAGGAGGAGGAGGAGGCUCCUAAGCCCAAGCCCAAGCACCCGCUUGCUCUGCUUGACCGCCCCACUUUCGAUCUCGACGAGUGGAAGCGCCAGUACUCCAACAACGAUGUCAAUGUUUCCCUGCCGUGGUUCUGGGAGAACGUCAAGUUCGACGAGUACUCCAUCUGGAAGGUUGACUACAAGUACAAUAAGGAGAACAAGCUCGUCUUCAUGACCUCGAACUUGAUUGGUGGUUUCUUCGCCCGUCUCGAGGCUUCCCGCAAGUUCAUCUUCGGUGCUGCCUCGGUGUACGGCGAGAACAACGACAACGUCAUCCAGGGUGCCUUUGUCAUCCGUGGCCAGGAUGCCCUCCCCGCUUUCGAUGUUGCUCCCGAUGUUGAGAGCUACGAGUUCACCAAGCUCGACCCCCAGAAGCCCGAGGACCGCACUUUCGUCGAGCAGCAGUGGGCUGACGAACCUCCAGCCAUCACUCUUGAGGGCAAGGAGUACAAGUACGCCGACGGCAAGAUCUUCAAGUAA